UAUUUUGUAUUCUCCCAAAACUAUAUAUCUUCUCUCUCACUCUUAAAAGAGUAUAUUCUUAAUUCUCUCUCUCAAGCAACAAUAACAGCUUCUCUCUCUUCCACCAUUUUCUUUAUAAAUUAUUUCUUCCUUUUUUUUUUUUGGGUUCAUCAUUCAGAAAAAAAAAAUGGGGUUUUCAAGAAACAGUCGUUGCACCGCCGCCAUUGAUGCCGAUCACGAGCUCUGCGACGACAACUCUGAUUUCGACGAUCACGAGGCAAUAAAGUUCAAGUCUUUGCUCCACAAAAUGAUCUGGGAUUUCGGUCUGGGCUGCGUCAUUCCACCACCGCGGCGGCGGCUGCGGAGCUCCGCCGCCGCCGACGAGAAUGGGGAGGAGGAGAAAGACGUCGGCGGCGGAAACAAGGCUUGGCUGCUGGCGGAGUCCGGCGGCUGCGGGGCGGAGGAGCCGCACUCGGUCCACUCCUCGUUCAGGUUCAGCUUCUGCUCUCAGGUGGAGGUUGAAUCCAUGGCGGUGAACAACAGCUGCUCCGCCACCGUGUUGAUGGUGAAUUUGGACAACGGCUUCUUAACAGAUUUCAAGUCUAGAGAAUUGAAAUGGAGAAGAAUUGAAUCUUUGGAGAGGAGUAUUUCUCCAUUGGCACACUCUUUAAUUCGCUUCUCUUACUCUGAAAUUCUCUCCGCCACUAGAAAUUUCUCCAAAGGUAGAGUAUUGGGGAGAGGGGCGUUGAGCUGUGUGUUUAGAGGAAGAGUCGGGUUUCUGAGGACGAGCGUCGCGAUUAAGCGUCUCGAAAAGGAGGACAAAGAAUCGUCGAAGGCAUUUUGCCGAGAAUUGAUGAUCGCGACUUCUCUGCGUAAUCCCCACAUAGUUCCGUUGGUCGGGUUUUGUAUCGAUGCCGAGGGGGGUUUGUUUUUGGUCUACAAAUACGUCUCCGGUGGUAGCUUAGAGCGAUUCUUGCACGAAAAGAAGAGAAGAGGAGGUAAAGGGAGUCCUCCGCUUUCAUGGUCCGUUCGGUAUAAAGUUGCAAUGGGAAUCGCUGAAGCAAUCGAGUAUUUACAUAACGGAACGGAAAGAUGUGUUGUUCAUAGAGAUAUAAAGCCCUCAAAUAUCCUUCUUUCGUCGAAGAAGACACCCAAGUUGUGCGACUUUGGAUUGGCGACGUGGACCCCUUCUCCCUCGGUGCCGUUCCUUUGCAAAACCGUUAAAGGCACAUUUGGGUACUUAGCUCCUGAAUAUUUCCAGCACGGGAAAGUAUCCGAUAGAACGGAUGUUUACGCAUUUGGCGUAGUGCUCUUGGAAUUAAUAACCGGAAGGAAGCCAAUUGAGUCGAGAAGAGGACCCGGCGAAGAGAAUUUGGUUUCUUGGGCAAAGCCACUAAUGGAGCAAGGGAGUGUAGAGGAAUUGCUUGAUCAACGGCUGAGAUUCACCGGAAGGAAUUCGAGUCAUAUUAUAGCACGGAUGGUGCGAGCGGCAAGUGAAUGCCUAAAGAACGAGUCAACGAGGCCCGAGAUGGGUGAGAUUGUGAGGGUAUUGAGAGGGAAAGAAUUGAAUGGGUUGAGCAGAAAGAAGGCGGCUCUUUUGCCGAUGAGUAAUACUAAUGUGGUUGACUAUUGUUACACCGAGUUGAAACAGACGAAGAGCGAAAUGAAGAGCCAUUUCGCUCUGGCUAUGCUAGGAGUCGAGUUCGAGGACGACGACUACCUUUGCUGCCGAUGAAUAAACUUAAAUUCUUUAGGGGGUUUUUUUUCCUGCCAAUUUUGAGUGCAGAGGAGUUUAUAUUUGCACUUUGUUUUUCUACCACUUUGUUUUGCCUCAUCCCUCAUUCAUUCAUCAAAGGUUUAAAAGGCCAAAAGCAAGAAUUAUAACAUGGUCCUUUGAAUUCUUAUAUAUUAGGGAUUCUUUUUUACAAAAAUAAGAAAUUAUA